UGUUAAUCUACAAGUUGUAGAAAGGAAAACUAUUUCAAGUCAAAAUCAAUUAAAUUUAACAGAUUCUGCUUUUAUCAACUUGAAAUUUGAUAGUGGAAAAUUCAAAAACCAGUAUUUCAGGUCAGUUAUCAGCUUUCUAAAAUUGAUAUUAAUUAUUAUCACUCACAAUAAUGUUUCUUAUUGCCGUCAUAGAAAAAACGUUUGUUUACUGAGAAUCAUGUGAUUAUUGGUUAUUUGGAUUAAAUGAAAUUCAUGAAACUGUAUCCAGACGAUCAAACAAUGAAGUUCCUCAAACCUAUUUUAUUUUCUCGAAGGUUGUACUCUGCACAUAAGGCUACGCAAAAGAUUGGUGAAUAUGAUGUUGCUAUUAUUGGUGGGGGAAUCAUAGGUACAGCAACAGCAAGGGAAUUAUUAUCUGUAUAUCCAAAGCUUAAAGCUGUUUUACUAGAAAAAGAGAAAGAGCUCGGAAUACAUCAGACAGCUAACAAUAGUGGAGUGAUUCAUGCAGGAAUAUAUUAUACACCAGGAUCACUCAAAGCAAAAUUAUGUGUGGAAGGAAGCAAACUUACUAUGAAACAUUGUGAUGAAAAAAAGAUACCCUAUAAGAAAGUAGGUAAACUCAUUGUUGCAACUGAUGAGGAAGAAGUCAAAUAUCUUAAAGUUUUAUAUGAACGGGGACUUAGUAAUGGUGUUCCUGGAUUAGAGUUGAUUGAUUCUCAAGAAAAAAUACAUAAAAUAGAACCAGAAUGUAAAGGUUUGAAAGCUAUAUGGUCUCCAAAUACAGGGAUAGUGGACUACAAAAAUCUUGCUAUAUCUCAUGCAGAUGAUUUUCACACUGUAGGUGGUGAAAUCAGAUUACGUGCUGAGGUUGCUACAAUAGAAGAGUCUGGAAGAGAGGACUAUCCUGUUAAAGUUGUUGAUACUCAUGAUCAUGUUUUAGUAGCAAAAUAUGUUCUAACUUGUGCAGGACUGUAUUCUGAUAAGAUUUCAAUGUUAACUGGUUGUCCUAGAAAUCCUAGAAUUGUGCCUUUCAGAGGUGAAUAUUUACUAUUAAAGCCUUCCAAGAGAAAAAUGGUGAAAUGCAACAUUUAUCCUGUUCCAAAUCCAAAACUCCCAUUUUUGGGAGUACAUUUCACCCCAAGGAUGGAUGGAAAUGUUUGGCUGGGACCUAAUGCAGUUUUGGCUUUCAAGAGAGAAGGAUAUAGUUACUUUGAUAUAAACUUUUUGGAGCUUAUAGAUGCUUUAACAUAUACUGGAUUCAUAGCACUCUGUCUCAAAAAUAUGAAAUAUGGAGUGGGCGAAAUGAUACGUUCAAUAAUAUGGCCUCUUCAAAUUAAACAACUACAAAAAUACUUGCCAAAUAUAACAAGUGAAGAUUGUGAAAGGGGUCCUUCAGGUGUUAGAGCUCAAGCAUUGGGUCCUGAUGGUAAACUACUUGAAGAUUUUUAUUUUGAUAAAAGUCAAAAAGGCCAAUUGAAGGAUAGGGUUCUACAUUGUAGAAAUUGUCCAAGUCCAGGUGCCACCAGUUCAAUGGCAAUAGCUAAAAUGCUGGUUGAAAAAAUGGGUAAGGAAUUUGGUCUUGAGAAAAUACAUGCAGAAAUAAAAAAAAAAUUAAAGACUUGAAGUGAAGUAAUGUACAAAAAUAAAUCGAUAAAAAGUCUGUGUAAUCUUAUGAUUAUACUACGUUAGAUCAAAGCUGAAAUUUAUCUUCUGAAAUAAUAGGAUAUUUGACAAAUUUUGAAAACCUCUCUAAUUAUUCGGUGAUACUUAUUAAGCAUAAUAAAAGUGGAUAUUUUCAAUUCGCAUAAAUAUUUUUCAAAAUAAUAGCAAUGAAAAAAAGACCUCCAGAAUUCAAUUUCACCUAACAAGGCAUCAGAGACAUCCCUUGGAUAUAUAGAAAAUGAUGUGCCUUAUACAAAAGUGUUUGUUUUAUUGAUUCAACCGUUUUCUUUUGUGAAGAUCAUUUUUAUGUAAGCAAUAAACUUAUUAGUAUUUCA